UGUGCACUCUGAAAUAAAAGUAUAGCCCAAGCAAAAUAUUCUCAUUUUGUGUUGUUCCCCAGUUUUAGCUGGGCAGUUUCAAGGUUCAACAUGGGAUUUUAUAAGCACUGGACUUGGUUUGCUGCUCUUUUAUGUCUCCACUAUAUGGGUGGAGAAGUCUGGUGUAAUUGCACAGACAGUAAUAUGCAAAUUGAGGGAGGUCAUUAUACACUGACCAAGAAUCUACAGAUAGGCACCAUGUUGGUCUACCACUGUCCUGAGGGUUACUAUCCGUACCCUGCUCUGACCCGUCUGUGUCAGCUCGACAGCACCUGGAUACCAAGACCCAAAAAGUUUCUUCCACAGAGAUGCAGGUUGGUUGAAUGCCCAGACCCCAACGUGAUGGAGAAUGGAAACGUCUCCCCUCCUCAAGAGAAGUACUUUGUGAGCAACGAGACCACGUAUGAGUGCUACUCUGGAUACAAACUACGUGGCUCAGCCAGACGUACCUGUGGAUUAAAUGCUAAAUGGACCGGCUCUACUCCCAUAUGUAGCCGUGAUGGAGGAGAUACUUGUGCUGAUCCUGGCAUCCCAGCUGGUGCCACAAGAAUAGGGCAUGUGUUUGACAUUGGUGACAAAGUGAAUUACAUCUGCAAUGGCAAUCUCUUUUUGGUGGGGUCAAAAGAAAGAAUCUGUCUUGAGAACGGCCAGUGGACUGGCAUAGAACCAGCAUGCUACUACAGACACACCUUUGACACUCCAAUGGAGGUUUCAAAGGCAUUCGGUGGUUCACUCAAAGACAGCCUCACUACUCAUGACCCCACGGAUGACACACAGGAGGGGAGAAAAAUCAGGAUUUCAAAAAAUGGGACACUGAACAUCUAUAUUGGUGUGGAUAUUUCUGAAAGCAUCAGUGAAGACCACAUCGAAGAUGCAAAAGAUGCUGUGACAUCACUCAUUACAAAGAUUUCAUCUUUUGCUGUGACUCCAAACUAUGACAUCCGCUUUUUCUCCUCUAUACCACAUAAAGUUGUCAGCAUUCUUGAUUUUUUGGAUGGUAGAGAAACACUAAGCUCCUUGAAAACUAAAAUGGACAAUUUUAAAGUAGACGAGGACAAAACCUCUGGAACAGAUCUAAACCUCGUCUUUGAGACCUUCCUGGAACAAAUGGCUGUGAUAAAGCAACGAGUUCAAGAUGAUGGAUUUAAAGAACAUCGUCAUGUCAUCAUCAUUUUUACAGAUGGUGCUUACAAUAUGGGCGGUUCACCUUUACCAACUGUGGCAAAAAUAAAGAACCUGGUGUACAUGAACCACACUUCUAAAGGGCACGUUCAACCCCGAGAAGACUAUCUUGACAUUUACAUUUUUGGUAUUGGCGCUGAGAUCUACGAUGACGACCUGAAGCCCCUCGUAGUAGGCACUGGUGGACAGCAUUACUUCAGAAUGCAAAAUAUAAUUGGGAACUUGGAGAAGACCUUUGAUAAUAUUAUUGAUGCAGACGAAGUUGUGGGUUUAUGUGGUCUUCACAAUGCAACAACUGAAGGAAAAGACAAAGAUGUGGCAAAGAAAAAGUAUCCAUGGGUGGUUUUCAUUAUUGUCCAGAAUGAAGGUCUAAGAAAGUGCCUUGGCUCUCUGGUGACCCCCAAGUUUGUCUUGACUGCUGCUCACUGCUUCAAAUUUGGGGAUGCACCGGAACACAUCACCGUUGAAAUUGAAGAUGCAGGGUUCAAAGUUAAAAAAGUGAAAAAAUUCACGUUACACCCAAAUUACAAUGUCAAUGCUAAAGUGAAUGAAGGAGUGAAGGAAUUCUAUGACUACGACGUGGCUCUCAUUGAACUGGUGGACUAUGUUGAUAUCUCCUAUUUCGUCAGACCUAUUUGCAUACCUUGCACCCUGGAGACCAGCGAUGCUCUAAGACUGCCUCGUGGUUCCAAAUGCAAGGAGCAAGAGGAUCUCUUGUUAAAGACUCAUAAAGAAAAACUGUAUUUCCUGACCAAGACAGACCCCCUGGUGGCUGCAAAAAGUGUCUUUGCUAAGCUUGGUGAUAAUAGGGAUGCAUGCAUCAGACAUGCGCUAACUGCACAAGGUAUAACAACAAAAAAUCCAAAGGAUGCUGUGACUGAUAACUUCCUGUGCACUGGCAGUAAGACUGAUAGAGAUCAUAUAGCAUGUACAGGCGACUCUGGAGGUGCAGUGUUCAAAGACUAUGAGUAUCGCACAAUACAGGUUGCAUUGGUCAGCUGGGGAACUGAGAAUCUAUGUGAAGCAGGUGGUAUGGUCGAGUCAAGCGAAACUUCCAGAGAUUUCCAUAUUAAUCUUUUCAGAGUUGUUCCUUUCCUCAAAUCAAUCCUUGGCGACGAGGCACAGGAUGACUACGCGCCACUUCAGUUUUUGGACUAUGAAUGAAUUUCUUAUGAUUUGUUUCAGCAUUUUAGUAAUGUGAUUUGUGUGGACUUUGUGUUUAAAAACUGUAUGUUAUUGUUUGCUGAUUGAUGCACACAUUCAAAAUAAAUUUGGCAUUACUCACUCUCAAAAUCCACACUUACAGUGAUGCAAAUAGCUAUGCUGUUCUGUACCAGUCUGUACAUGCAAUUACUCAUCAAUUAUUCAGCAUUCAACCAGUAUACUGUAUACAGAAGUUAAUAAAUGAGCAUUAAUCUGUGUCUUGAUGCAAAUGAUUAACACACCAUGGAUUAGUCUUGGCUAUGUGACUGUAUAUAGAGUGAGACGAUAUAAAUUUGAGAUUCACUAUUUGUCCAUUUAUGGCUUUCCCUUAUGGAGUAUUUAUGAUUUUUGUAUAAUUGUGAUAAUUUCCUGUUUUUGUUGACAUGUAAGAAAUUAACUGUCAUAUGUUGAUUUUAUCAAUGAACAAACUUUACAGUA